AUGAAGCAGAGAAAGAGGAAGAAGGAUAGAUGGACCGAUGUCCUUGUCAAUAUUGAUUUAUGUGUCACAUGGCAGUUUGUAACCACUGGUGACAAUGUUGUCUUCCAAGAGAAUGUCUUUACGAUUGGAAGGUUGGCGUAUAGGCGAUUAUUGCUGGACCCACAAUCUGCAUCCCUUUAUGUGGGUGCAAAUGGACACUUAUUUCGGUUGUGGGCAUAUAAUAUCAAUAUAACUACGUCUACCGAUGGCCUGUAUGCUCACACAGAGCUUCCGGUUUCCCAAUCUGAUGCUGAAGAAUGUCGUCGAGCUGGCCAUGCGGAAUGUUUUAAUGGAGUACGACUCAUGUUCCUGAAGGAAGGUCAUCAGACAUUACUGGUUUGCUCUUCAAAUGCUAUGAAACCUCAGCUACGUGAACUUGAUGCGUUAUCCCUACAGGAACGUUCCUCUCCUGAAAAUGUUAUUGGUGUAUGUUCAGCUCACGUGGAUCUCAAUACAACGGCGGUACUUGUCGAGUGGGGCAACCCGGAAGAUAUACCUGCCAUCUAUUCUGGUAUAAGAACAGGUCUUAUUCUUGACAACAAUCUGAUUUAUCGGCCACCACUGGUCAAAAACAAUAAGGAAGUCUAUUCCUCAAUGAGAACCAUCUAUACAGAUUCGAAGUGGUUAUAUGAACCGGACUUCGUGGCAUCAUUCAACAUUGGCAAGUAUGUCUACUUCUUUUUCCGUGAAGUGGCGAUUGAGCGUGAAAACUGUGAGCGUGUUGUAUUUUCUAGAGUUGCUCGUAUUUGUAAGAAAGAUGUUGGUGGGAAAAACGUGUUGAGACAGGUUUGGACUACAUUCAUUAAGGCUCGUCUGAAUUGCUCAACUUCUUCAAAGCUCUCCAUUUAUUUCAAUGAAUUGCAAUCACUGCAAAGCAUAGAUGGUAGAUCUGACACUUUGUUCUACGCUACUUUUAUAACACCUGAAAUCUCUUUUGGUGGUAGCGCCGUUUGCGUCUUCUCAUUAAACAGUAUUGACCAGUUAUUCGAUCAUGGAUAUUUUUUGGAACAAACCUCACUUGAUGGUAGUUGGAUCACUACAUCACCCAAAAAUGUUCCUGAACAUCGUCCUGGAGCAUGCACAGCCAAUUCAGCAUCUGUCCCGGAUAGUACUUUACAUUUUGCACGAUCUCACUUGUUGAUGGCAGAUGCUAUAUCAGCUGAUCAACCACUGCUAGUGUUGCGUGAUGAACUGCUAACACACAUUGCUAUUGAUUCAAUGGAUGAUGUCAACGUUAUUUUUGUUUAUUCGCAUAGUUCUCAAAGGCUACAUAAGAUAGCGCAUUGGUUUGAAGAUAAGCAUUCAACAUUGUUAGCUACGUAUAAUUUGAAAAGAACUGGAACUGUUUUUGCCAUGACACUAUUGCCAGGCGAAUUUGUCUAUGUAUCGGGUGAGGAUAGUGUCGACCAGUACUUCCUGGCCCAGUGCUCACUUCAUGUUAUUUGUAAGCAUUGUGCUGUUGACCCAUACUGUUCAUGGAAUACUGCUCGUGGAUUAUGUUAUAAACGUGAACGAGCUCAUUUCUCAGCGUCUGGGUGGGUCAGUUCCAAUUCUAAAGACACUGGCAAAUGUCUAGGGCAUGUAAAACGGAUAACGAUUAAUGCCUAUGUUGGUGACACAUUGCAUCUCAUUUGUAUGAAGCAAUCAACAUGGAUUUUCAAUACUGAUCCAGUUUUGCCAUCUGAAAAGAGGCAGUUAACAAUGGAAGGAGGACUGGUUGUUUUCAAUGUUUCUGGAAUAGAUAGUGGUACCUAUGAAUGCAGUAUAGACAAAGAAGCUGUUAUGAUAUACGAAAUUACAGUCGAUGAUGCUGAAUGCGCACAACCGACUAGUGUAGCUCAGUUUAAAUCAAAAUAUCGAGAAUGGUGUCAGAAAUUUGCGAAAUACAAACACUCUGCUGAAAAAUGGCAACUUUGGUAUGACAGAAAUGUAAGGAUUUUUUAG